CCGUGUCUCUCCUGUGAUCGCACUGACACGGCCGGGGGGUUAGAAUGGAACAGACUGAAGGCCCUAUGAGAGAAAGGGAAAGUUAAGGAUGCUGGAGCAGAACAAUGGAUUUCUCUUUCUCUUUCAUGCAAGGGAUCAUGGGAAACACAAUUCAGCAACCACCUCAACUCAUUGACUCAGCCAACAUCCGUCAGGAGGAUGCCUUUGAUAACAGCAGUGAUAUUGUUGAAGAUGGCCAGACACCAUAUGAAACCAGCCUGCAGCAAGGCUUUCAAUACCCACCUACCACAGAGGAACUUCCUCCGAUUACAAAUGGCUAUCCACCCUCAAUCAGCAUGUAUGAACCUCAAGCCAAAUACCAGACAUAUAGUCAGUAUCCCAACGGGUCAGCCAAUGGUUUUGGUGCAGUUAGAAACUUUAGCCCCACUGACUAUUACCAUACUGAAAUUUCAAACACAAGACCACAUGAAGUUCUGGAAAAACCUUCCCCUCAACAGCCACCACCUCCUCCUUCGGUACCACAAACUGUGAUUCCAAAGAAGACUGGCUCACCAGAAAUUAAAUUAAAAAUAACCAAAACUAUCCAGAAUGGCAGGGAAUUGUUUGAAUCCUCCCUCUGUGGAGACCUUUUAAAUGAAGUACAGGCAAGUGAGUACGCAAAAUCAAAACAUGAAGGCAGAAAAGAAAAGAGGAAAAAAAGUAACAAGCAUGACUCUUCUAAAUCAGAAGAGCGCAAGUCGCACAAAAUUCCCAAAUUAGAACCAGAGGAGCAAAACAGACCAAAUGAGAGGGUUAAUGUUCUAUCUGAAAAACCAAGAGAAGAUUCUAUGGUAUUAGAAGAAACACCGGUUCAACAGUACCUACCUUCCCUUCCAGCAGAGGUGAGCACUGGUGUGAAGUUCCAAGUUGGUGAUCUCGUCUGGUCUAAAGUGGGUACCUAUCCUUGGUGGCCUUGUAUGGUUUCAAGUGAUCCCCAACUUGAGGUUCAUACCAAAAUUAAUACAAGAGGGGCCCGGGAGUACCAUGUCCAAUUUUUCAGCAACCAACCAGAGCGAGCAUGGGUCCAUGAAAAGCGGGUACGAGAAUACAAAGGACAUAAACAGUAUGAACAGUUACUGGCUGAAGCAACUAAACAAGCCAGUAAUCACUCUGAGAAACAAAAGAUCCGAAAACCCCGACCACAACGUGAGAGGGCCCAGUGGGAUAUUGGCAUUGCCCAUGCAGAAAAAGCAUUGAAGAUGACCCGAGAAGAAAGAAUAGAACAAUAUACUUUCAUCUAUGUUGACAAACAGCCUGAGGAAGUUUUAUCCCAAGCAAAAAAGAGUACUGCCUCCAAAGCAGAAGUGAAAAAGAACCGGAGACCUAAAGCAGUGCUGAACACUCAGCCAGAACAGAGCAAUGCAGGGGAGGCAGCCUCCUCAUUACCAAGUACUGAGAUACGGAGACACAGCCAGAGACGGCAUACAAGUGUGGAAGAGGAAGAGCCACCCCCUGUUAAAAUAGCAUGGAAAACAGCAGCAGCAAGGAAAUCUUUACCUGCUUCCAUUACAAUGCACAAAGGCAGCCUAGAUCUACAGAAGUGUAACAUGUCUCCAGUUGUGAAAAUUGAACAAGUAUUUGCUCUUCAGAAUGCUGCGGGAGAUGGGAAAUUCAUUGAUCAGUUUGUUUAUUCAACAAAGGGAGUUGGUAACAAAACGGAAAUAAGUGUCAGGGGACAAGACAAACUAAUCAUUUCUACACCAAACCAGAGAAAUGAAAAAGCAACUCAGAAUGUAUCAUCUCCUGAAACAACAUCUGGGUCUACAGGUUCCGUAGAAAAGAAGCAGCAGAGAAGAUCAAUUAGAACUCGUUCUGAAUCUGAGAAAUCCACUGAGGUUGUGCCAAAGAAGAAGAUCAAAAAGGAGCAGGUUGAAACAGUUCCACAGACUACAGUGAAGACAGGAUUACAGAAAGGUGCCAGCGAGAUUUCAGAUUCCUGUAAACCUCUAAAGAAAAGGAGUCGCGCCUCAACUGAUGUAGAAAUGACUAGUUCAGCGUACAGAGACACAUCUGACUCCGAUUCUAGAGGACUUAAUGAUUUACAAGUAAGCUUUGGAAAGCAACUAGAUAGUCCUUCAGCUGCUGCUGAUGCUGAUGCCUCUGAUGUGCAGUCAGUGGACUCAAGUCUUUCAAGAAGAGGAACUGGAACCAGUAAGAAAGACACUGUGUGUCAGAUCUGUGAAAGCUAUAGUGACUCCCUGAUUGUUUGUGAGGGGGAAUGCUAUAAACACUUUCAUCCAGAUUGCCUGGGACUGUCAUCUCUCCCUGAUGGAAGGUUCCUUUGCACCGAAUGUAAAACUGGGCAUCAUACUUGCUUCUCUUGUAAGAUAUCUGGUAAAGAUGUAAAACGUUGUUCUGUUCCUGCCUGUGGUAAAUUUUACCAUGAGGCCUGUGUUCGAAAAUUUGCUACUGCUGUCUUUGAGUCUAGAGGAUUCCGCUGUCCUCAGCACUGCUGUUCUACUUGUUCCAUGGAAAAAGAUAUCCACAAAGCAAGCAAAGGUCGAAUGAUGAGAUGUUUAAGAUGCCCAAUUGCCUAUCAUUCAGGAGAUGGAUGUAUAGCCGCAGGAAGUCGGUGUGUGUCCUCCUAUCUUCUCAUUUGUAGUAACCAUUCUAAGAGGAGCAGUCAUUCUUCAUCCACUAUAAACGUAGGCUUUUGUUUCGUUUGUGCAAGAGGGCUGAUAGUUCAGGAUCAUUCAGACCCCAUGUUCAGUUCAUAUGCCUAUAAGUCCCACUACCUACUGAAUGAAUCAAAUCGUGCUGAGUUGAAAUUACCUAUGAUUCCUUCUUCGUCAGCUUCCAAAAAGAAAUGUGAGAAAGGUGGAAAACUAUUGUGUUGUGAAUCGUGUCCAGCUUCCUUCCACCCGGAAUGCCUCAAUAUAGAGAUGCCAGAGGGCUGCUGGAAUUGUAAUGACUGUAAAGCUGGAAAGAAACUCCAUUACAAGCAGAUUGUUUGGGUCAAGUUGGGAAACUACAGGUGGUGGCCAGCAGAGAUCUGCAAUCCCAGGUCCGUGCCUCUUAACAUCCAAGGCCUUAAACAUGACUUGGGGGACUUUCCCGUGUUCUUCUUUGGUUCUCAUGACUACUAUUGGGUGCACCGGGGCAGAGUGUUCCCUUAUGUUGAAGGAGACAAAAGCUUUGCUGAGGGACAAACUAGUAUUAACAAGACCUUCAAAAAAGCACUUGAGGAAGCAGCAAAACGUUUCCAGGAACUGAAAGCACAAAGAGAAAACAAAGAAGCCCUGGAGUUGGAAAGAAAUUCGAGAAAACCCCCACCCUACAAGCACAUUAAAGCUAACAAAGUGAUAGGGAAGGUUCAGAUCCAAGUGGCCGACCUGUCCGAGAUCCCUCGCUGUAAUUGCAAGCCUGCUGAUGAAAACCCUUGUGGCCUGGAGUCAGAAUGCUUGAACCGCAUGUUACAGUAUGAAUGUCACCCUCAAGUAUGCCCAGCGGGGGACCGGUGCCAGAACCAGAACUUCACGAAAAGGCUCUAUCCAGAUGCAGAAGUCAUCAAGACAGAGAGACGUGGCUGGGGCCUGCGGACCAAGAGGAGCAUCAAGAAGGGUGAAUUUGUAAAUGAAUAUGUUGGCGAAUUAAUUGAUGAAGAAGAAUGUAGAUUGCGAAUCAAACGUGCUCAUGAGAACAGCGUAACUAAUUUUUAUAUGUUAACAGUUACCAAGGACCGUAUAAUUGAUGCUGGCCCAAAAGGCAAUUAUUCUCGCUUUAUGAACCAUAGUUGCAAUCCAAACUGUGAAACUCAAAAGUGGACAGUGAAUGGGGAUAUUCGUGUUGGACUUUUUGCUCUUUGUGAUAUUCCUGCAGGGGUGGAGCUAACAUUUAAUUAUAACCUGGAUUGCCUGGGCAAUGGCAGGACUGAGUGUCACUGUGGAGCAGACAACUGUAGCGGCUUUCUAGGAGUUCGGCCAAAGACGGCAUUUGCGUCAGCAAAUGAAGAAAAGGCAAAAAAUGCUAAGUUGAAGCAGAAGAAACGGAAAAUCAAAACAGAACAGAAGCAGAUGCAUGAGGAUUAUUGUUUUCAGUGUGGAGAUGGAGGAGAGCUGGUCAUGUGUGACAAAAAAGACUGUCCGAAAGCAUACCACCUCCUAUGCCUUAACCUGACGCAGCCACCAUAUGGAAAGUGGGAAUGUCCCUGGCAUCAGUGUGAUACAUGCAGCAACUCUGCAGUUUCUUUCUGUGAGUUCUGUCCACGUUCAUUUUGUAAAGAUCAUGAGAAAGGGGCUCUGGUGCCCUCUGCACUGGAAGGCCGUCUCUGCUGCUCUAAACAUAACCCCAAAUCUCCUGUGGCACCAGAGUACUGGAACAAGAUAAGAUGCAAAAUGGAACCACAAGAUCCUGGAGAUGAAGUGAAGGAAUAAAUUUACAGUGUUUUUUAUUUUUUUUAUUUUAUUUUUUUUUUUUUUAAGAAAGAAAAGGGUAAAAGUAAAUAGGUGAUGAAAUUGUUAGAGAAGAAACUGUCAUAAUGUACUUGGUCUAUCACCUGAGCUGGCUUUGGAAUUAGAAUGGAGGAAUUAUACAAUACAGGCAGCCAAAGGUAGAAAGUGGUGCCUGGAUUUUGAUUCAUUUAUGAUGGGGGGGAGGGGAGAUUAAAUUCUUUGUAUGUUUUCCUUGCCCUUAAAUGUGCUUCUGCAGCUAAAAAACAGAUAUACCUUGGCCUUUAAAAAAGAAAAAUGAAAAAAUGCAUUUAUGUUAGUAAUAGGAAGUUCAAGUUAAAAUAUGUUGCUGAGUGUAGAAGGGAAAAAUAGUCACCACUCCUUUAUUUUAAUUUUAAGAAAUCUUGAGAAAUGUGAGUUAGGUAGUUAAAUCAGUAUGUUUAAAGAAAAAAGGGGGGAGGGGAGGAACUCCACUCUAUUUCUGGAAUACCAGAAAAAGGUAUAAUUACCUUUACGUACACUUUUAUGAAACAUUAAUUUAGGCUAAUGCCUUGUAGCACUUCAGACCUCUGGUGGUCUUGGAAUUGGGAGUGGUCAAUCUGGCUGUAAACAAAAUGCCUCUUUCUGUUGAGUGUACCUCUCUGGGCUCUGACAAGGUAGGAUUAUUAAAGUUAUUGAUAUGGAUAUAAUACUUUAUUUUUUAAAAAUCACAGGAUGACUCUACUCAGUAGUUUUUAAAUGCUUUUUGUUGAUGCUAACUUUUUACAAAUGACAUGUGUUUGUGGGUAUAAAGAGGCAGGAAGAACAGCUGUCUGUUUACCAAACUGCCACACUGGUGUAGGGCAUUAAAAGAUGAGAUGCAGCCAACCCAAAGCCUUCUACUAGGGCCAUCAUCUCCGCUGUGCACGGAUGAUGAGCUGAUCUGGAGAGGAAUGAUGGGCUUUUUCAUUUUUACUUUUACUUUUAGCCCUUUCCUCACCUUAACUAAAACAUUCCCUUUGUUAGCUUAACUAGUCCAGCCAUGUUUCUUGGUAUAAAAUAUACAGAUGUACUUUGAAUUGUAUUUAAGUAGCUCUUCUUAGUUGUGAUGGGACGAAUUUAAAAGGCUAUAUUUAAGCAGUUUUCAUUGAUUGUUAUCUUAGUACUUAACAUUGCCCCACUGUUAGGAAACAAAGAGCACUUCUAAUUCCACAGGGUAUGAAACAGUAACAUAAAUGCACUUGAUCUUUACAGAUCAUCUGGGGAAAGCUCCCAGGGAAGUCAGUGUUAACAAAAGUUGUUGGCUGUGAUUUAUAUAAACAGUUGCUAGUACACCAAGAUAUCUAUCUUACUCAUGGAAUUCAUUCAUUUUUAGCUACUAGGAAUAUGUAUCCCAGUAUUCUCCAUAAAGAAACAACUAAAUAAAUAGCACAAGACAUGGUAGUAUCAUUGUGUUGAGUGUCUUGUGUUAAUUUCUUCUGAGUUUUGGCUGAGUAGCAAGAACUACAGACACAGAUCCACCUCAUCUCUUCCAUACUUGGGCAAUUGUACUAUUGUACAUAUUACCUUUUCUGUAUCAGUUUAGAGCACUCUCAACUGAAACAAAAUAAAAAAUAAGAAGGAAAGUGCAGUUUUGUGUCUCUUGUGUGCGUACAUGGACACCUGCAUGUGUACUGGAUUUUAUCUUUUGAAAAUAGAACACUAUGAUUACCUUAAGCACUCGAAUUACCAACUCCCCAAAAGGAC